AUGCCAGACACAACACCAGCACUAUCCUCUCCCUUCGGCUUCAUCGGCCUCGGCGCAAUGGGCUUCCCCAUGGCCUCCAACAUCCGCCGCCACCUGCCUGCGUCUACACCGCUCUACAUCUUCGACCUCAACACCGCCGCGUGCGAGCGUUUCGUCCGCGAGCACGCGCCCCUCCCCGUAGUGAUUGCGCAGUCUGCCCGCGCUGUUGCUGCUCACGCCCGUACUAUCGUCUCCAUCGUCACUGCGGCGCCGCACGUGCGGGCGGUGUAUCUAGACGGGGAUAAGGGCGUGAUUGCUGCGGGGAAGGACGAUGGUGGCAAUCAUGGCGAGGGGAGCGGGCAGAAGGUGGAAAGGCUGAUGCUCGAAUGCAGCACCAUCGACGUCGAGACGACGCGCGACGUCGGCACCGCGCUGGCCGCCGCGGGACAGGGCGUCUACAUCGACGCGCCGGUGUCAGGCGGGGUGCCAGGUGCGGCGGCGGGGACGCUGUCAUUCCUGAUCGGCGCAGCAGCCGACGCAGCAAUGCGGGCACGGGUCGACGCGGUGGUGGGCAUGAUGGGGGAUCCGGCAAAGGUGUUUUACCUGGGCGGCUUGGGCAACGGGUUGGCGGCGAAGCUGGCGAACAACUACUGCUCGUGCAUCAUCAACCUCGUCACGUCCGAGGCGCUGAACUUCGGUAUCCGCGCCGGCCUCGACAAGCGCGAUUUGGUCAACGUCAUUCGCGCGUCGACCGGGAAUUCGUUUAUGCUCGAGAAGGUGUGCCCCGUGCCGGGGGUGGAUCCGGAUGCGCCGAGUAGCAGGGAUUAUGAGGGUGGGUUUAAGAUGGUGAUGAUGCCGAAGGAUGUGAGGUUGGCGGUUGAGGCGGCGGAGAGGUUGGGAGCGAGGGCGGCGACGGGGAGGGCGGCGUUGGGGGUGUAUGAGGAAGCGGCAAAGGAUGAGAGGAUAAGGGAGAAGGAUGCUAGUAGUGUGUAUCGUUUCUUGGGAGGGCCAGAGUAG